UGGAUUUUUUCUUUUUUUUGUAGGAAAAAAUAGAACUAAAAAUAGGCCUGUUGUUGUUUUCCUUGUGUAUGCAAGGGCACUGCAACAUUAACACUGGAAUUACCAAGGGAGUUAAUUUAUUCUAAGAUUUGUAAUUGCAAUAUUAAGGAUAAUUGGGUUGCACACAGAAGAAAGUCAGAUAAAAGCUCUAAUGAUUAAUUUGACUUUAAGCAACAGCCCCUACACAUCCACACACAAACACUAGAUCCACUGAUCUCCCAGCAGUUGAUUAUGUGUUAUUGUUCGGGCUUAAUUAUUUUUUUUCACUGUUUUUCAAUCUAUUUCUAGCAGUCUUCAUCAGUGUUAAUUCCAGGCCCACAUUUUUUGCCAAUGUUAUUGGUAGCACAGUGAGUUUUCUACGUUGCAUCAUGUUUUUCCCCUUGCAUAGAGCUCGACUGAACUGAUUUCACAUUUACUGGGAGAUGGAGAGAGAGAAUCAGUUAGAGUACAGUAUGUAGAUUGCUGUCUAACCUGCAUCCAGAUGGGUGUCUUUCAACAAGUCCUGUAUCUAUUUCACACUUUCCUAAGGUUCAGUCUGCUUGGCAGCACAGGGGGAAAAAAACCCCACCAGCCUCCUGAAGAAAUCUGAAUUGUAUAUGCGAUGAAGGAUAUUCUGUAUCGCUUGCAAUAUCGUUUCUCUUGGUCCCGGAGGUAUGAUGCAUAUGCAUUAGGUAAACGAGAUGAGCUGGUAAGAUGUGCAUUUUUAAUGGCGCAUUUGCUCUUUGAGUGAGUGGGAGGGUUGGUGAGGAGGCCCUUCAGAUCAGAUUUUGAUAGUCACUGCAGAGUUUGACAGACACGGAUCUGUCUGUAAGCGCUGAGACAAGGUGGUGCGGUUGUGGAGCAGAUUGAGAGGAGAAGAACGAGAAGCACCUUUGGGGUGAAUCCUGGCGCUUUGACUGCCUGGCUGGCUCACUGGCUGACUGGCUGAGGAUGAAUAUUGCAUGGUGCUUUGCUCAAGGGGGCUGGUGACUGGUGAGGGUGGGAGUAGUGGGCCUCCCUGCCUGCCAGUCGCUGUCUCUCUCUGUCUGUCUCUCCCUGUUGCCCUUCUUCUCUUGGAGAGUAUGUAGACUACUAAUCGGACUCAUUUUGGUGCACACCGCUUACAUGUGUCCACUCAAAAUUUUUGAGAAUGUUUUUGUCAUCGCUGUCCGCACCCAAACACCUGAACACCUAAAUUCUCUUCUUCUACACCCUAUUUUGGUUGUCAAACAAUAAAACUGUGCAUUGCAGCCAACAUCUGGUCAGCAGCGGGAAAAAACAAACUGUUUCUUUUGCUGAGUCUCAGCUGGUUAAACCUCUGUUUUGGCCAAGCUCACAAUUUAGUAGUUCUCAUUUGUAUAUGUUUUAUUGUGUUGUUUGACAACUGAAAAAGUAGUAAACUGUGGUUUAAUCGCCACCCAUUUAAAUCCUACCUGUUAACCAUGCUAACAUUACUUUCUACAGUGCUAUGCUGAAUGUUCCUCACUAUCUCAGUGUGGUCUGUCAAAAUUAAAAGAAAUACAGCUAAAUGUCAACUAGCGCUGCAACUAACGAUCAUUUUCAGUUUUUAUCUGCGCAUUAUUUUCUUGAUUCAUCAAUUAAAACAUUUUUUCUAUAAAAUGUCACAAUUUUUUAAAUAGUGUGUUAUAAUUUUUUAGAGCCCACUGUGACAUUAAUACAAAUUUUGUCUGAUGAACAGUCAAAAGUCCAAAGUAAUAAAAAUCAUCACAUUUAAUGGGCAGCGACCAGCAAAUGUUUGGCAUUUUUUGCUUGAUUAAAGACAAAAAACGAUCUAUUGAUUAUCAAAAUAGCCAGUGAUUCAUUUCCUGUCAAUCAAUUAAUUUAACAUUUUUACAAUUGUUUCAUCUACACCAAAAACAGAUUCAGAUUGAUCCACUUUAAAAAAAAAAGAAAAAAAAAAAAGAAGUAAUUUUCAGGUGACUAAAACAUUAUUUCAGUGAGGGCGAUGUGUCAAAAGAGAAACAGAUAUAUAUUCAGUGUGGACGGUACUGAGUGUGUCUCUCUUUCUGUUCCUGUCUCUCUCAGUGGGAAACGGCACCUCUCUGCCGCCGCUGGACUUUCUAUGGCAGCCGUUGGCACUGCUUGGCUGUCACAUCACACCCUCUGCCCUCUGCUGCUUGUCUCCCCCCCCAUCCCCCCUUCUCACCCUCAUCUCCCUCUCUCUGUCUUCCGCAUUCCCUCUUCCACUCUCCAUGUGUCUUGUCAGUUGUGUUUGGCAAUGGUGUCAUUAUUGGGCAGCCCAUAUCACACUUCCACCGAUGAGCUGUCAGUCUGCUCUCUCUCUGUCUGUCUCUCUCUCUCUCUUUCUCUCUCUCUCUCUCUUGCUCUCGCUCUCUCUCUUGCUCUCGCUCUCACUCUCUCUCUCGCUCCCCUCUCCUCUUCUCUCCUCUCUUUCUUCCUUUUUCAAUCCCCCUGCUAGUGCGUUGCCCAUGGUGGUUGUGUGUCACCUUUAUACCCAAGACACACUGUCCCCUUACAAAUGCUACCCAUAAUGCCUUGCAUGGCUGCUGCUUAAUCGCCAUUCCCUACAGCUUGUCCCCAUCACCAACCAGAAUAACAUGAGUGCAAAGAAUAAGCAGAGCUGGCACCCCACAUUAUACAGCAAUGAAUUGUAGGUUUAAAAAAAGAAAAUCUGUACUAGAAAGAUCAAAAUUUGGAAAAACACUGAUUGUUUCUUUGUCUCAGCCUAUAGUUAUAGCAUAGGCCUGGAGUGAAGUGAUUGAUCAUGUCUGACAUGUGACCCUUCAUUGAUAUAGUCAUCUGCCAGUUAUGACAUAAUGACAUACUAUUUUUUAUUCUUCUGUUUCAUGAAAGAAACAAGUGGUUCAUUGAUUUAAAGCUUUCUGAAUAUCAUCCUUAAUUUUAAAUGGCUGCUUUUAUCCAAAAUUACCCAUUUUUCUUUUGUUUUUCUUUCACAACAUCCCAAGAGAGAAUCGAACACAUAAGCUUAGUUUGUGCCAUGCUUUACCUGUUCAAAUACAUGCGAUAUUUAAGACACACACACAAUCAAGUUUGGAUCCUUACAAGCAGUGGUCCGUCUAACCCUCUCCUCCCAGCUUUGUUCAGACACUGACCCCUGCGUCAUUCAGGGUCACUCCUCUGUGACUUCCCCUUAUGUGUGUGAGUAUGUUUUUUCGGGGCCUUGUGUUUCAGCUGGGAGCUCCUGAUUGUGUGACACCCGUGUGCGGCAGAUGAGACGGCCUGUCAGUCAGCUGUGGCCUGGCUGCCCUUUGAAGGCCAGGCCAGGGGGCGAAGAGGUGCCGCAAAUGGCCUGUGAAGUUUACAUACACUGCCCACUGCUAAACAGAUUAGCUCUAAUGAAGUGUCUAAUGCCGGGGCCACUGGCUGACAUAAUCCUGCCUGGCAGCCCGACCCCUUGGCUGCCAAAAAAGCCGCCCUCCCUCCAGCCCUCUCCUCCGCCCUCGCACGGCCUCUGCUGCCACCCAGGGCGACUCCACAUGGGGAGGUGCCCACUGUUAAUCAUGCCGGACAGUGUGCGAUCUGACAUGCAAAUGUAGGUCAUUGCAUAUGUAAAUGUGUGAUUACGGGGCUGGCAUGCCAGGACACAUUAGCGAGACUGUGCUCUCAGCAGGCGGUUGUCACAGCGCUUUAGAGGCUCAUGCUAACAUUUGUCAAGCUACCACGCAGCGAAUGAAAGCAAUGCCCUCUUGUCCUCUCCGCUCUCUCUCUCUCUCUCUCUGUCUCUCUCUCUCUCUCUCUUUCUCUCUCUCUCUCUCUCUCUCUCUCUCUCUCUCUCUCUCUCUCUCUCUCUCUCUCUCUCUCCCUCUCUCCCUCUGAAUCUAUAUACCUCACACUGUCCAUCCUGCAUCCUUGCACAAAUGCCUCUGUCACCAUUAUGAAAAGUCAUUGCACAAUAUCUAUUUAGUAGUAGCUAUUAGUGAAGCACUGUAGCAGUUUAGAGCUUCUUUUAGAGCUGCCGUAAUGCUGAACAAUAAGUUAUGGAGCAGUGUGUCAUGCUCGCUGUCAGAGUGACUCUCAGACAGCUUGGGAUGAUGGCGGUGUCAUGCUGGAAAAAAAAAGCACACACCUCGGCAGUGUUAAUUGGACAAGGCAUCUCAUUGGCUCACGCUUCCUCCUUUGGCUGUCAACUUUAAAAUACAAUGAAAUGCUUAAAUUGGUUGCUCCCCCUCCCCCCUCACGCCCCCCUCGAAGCCUUCCAAACAUAUGUGAACAAUUCUGUUUUCAGUUGUGCCUCCUCUCAAUGUGUGUGUGUGUGUGUGUGUUUGUAUCUGAUUAUAUAUUUUAGGUUAAUUCUUAGGUAUUUUACAGUCUUCGAGUAGUUAGUCCUGCAGUGUACAGACAUUUGACUAAGUCAUGACAGCACUUUUUUGAGUGUUGGCAACAUUAACUGUCUUUUAUAUAUUAUUAGAUGUGAUCUUAUAGGUAACCAUCAGUGCUGAAACAAUUACUUGAUACAUUUUCUGUCAGUUGACUACAUCAACUGUCUUUUUUAAUGAUUACGUUAAGUUGUUCAUCAAGGAAAUAUUUACUGGUUCCAACUGUUUAAAUAUAAGAUUUUUCUGAUAUUUUCUCAGUUUUAUAUCAUUAUAAAUGGAAAAUGUUGGAGUUUAGGCCUGUUGAAUCAGCACAACUAGCAAUUUUAAGAUUCCACUUUCAGCUCUUGGAAGUUGUGAUGGGAAAUUUCACAACUUUUUAAUAUUUUACAGAUGAAACAUUUUGGAUAUUAAUCAAAAACCAUUAGAUCGCCAUAACAAUAAAAAUUGUUGUUAGUCACAGCCUUAUGAACCAACAGUUUUUUUUCUUUUUUCUGUAUUUUGUUUGAGGUUACUGCAGGAUAAAAAGCUCCCAGUCUUCCUUGGUAGUGACUGGGCAGUUGAGGUAAUCCUGUAUAGCCUCUGGUCUGUGCUCAUGGUAACUCUGUCAAACUGCUGAAAGCAAGUGAUGUGAACAAGUGUGAUGACACUCCCUGCUUGUGUGUUUUAGUGCUUAGGAGAUUAAUUUUUGACCUUCUCCCCCUAUCUGUCUUCAUUCCCUCUGUCCUAAAUCGCCUGCCCCUGAGCUGCUCCCACGGCCACAUUGGCAGAAGCGCUGGUGACAUGUGGCAUUCUGAUAUCUGUCACCUUCUGUUUGGUCCCGCCGACGCCUUGUACAAGUUUACCAAAAAAUGGAAAGGUCACGCAGCCUGCUCUCUGCUUUUUUCACACAUCAUAUCCAAGGGGCUCAUUCUGGUUUAUUUUUGAGUGUUUUUUAAUUGUGGAAGAAACCAUUGCAGCCAGACAUGGGCCAUAAUUCACUGGCUAACUUCCAAAUUGAGAAAAAGAUUGGUCGCGGCCAGUUCAGCGAGGUCUACCGGGCGACGUACCUGCUAGACAAAACAUCAGUGGCCCUGAAAAAAGUCCAGAUAUUCGACUUGAUGGAUGCCAAAGCUCGGCAAGAUUGCAUCAAAGAGAUAGAUCUCCUAAAGCAACUGAACCACCCCAAUGUGAUAAAGUACCAUGCAUCUUUUAUUGAGGACAAUGAGCUGAACAUUGUACUGGAACUAGCAGAUGCUGGGGACCUCUCGCGUAUGAUAAAGCACUUUAAGAAGCAGAGGAGGCUUAUCCCAGAGAGAACAGUGUGGAAGUACUUUGUCCAGCUCUGCAGUGCGCUUGAACACAUGCACUCCCGGAGAGUCAUGCACAGAGAUAUCAAGCCAGCCAAUGUAUUCAUCACAGCUACAGGAGUAGUGAAACUAGGAGACUUGGGACUGGGACGGUUCUUCAGCUCCAAAACCACCGCUGCUCACUCUCUAGUGGGUACUCCUUACUACAUGUCACCAGAGAGGAUACAUGAAAACGGAUACAACUUCAAAUCUGACAUCUGGUCGCUAGGAUGCCUGCUCUACGAGAUGGCAGCCCUACAGAGUCCAUUUUACGGGGAUAAGAUGAAUCUUUACUCCCUUUGUAAGAAGAUAGAACAGUGUGACUACCCCCCUCUUCCCUCAGAUCACUACUCAGAGGAGCUAAGGAAAUUGGUAGAUAUGUGCAUCAACCCUGACCCGGAGAAGAGGCCGGACAUCACCUACGUGUAUGACAUUGCCAAACACAUGCAGAACAUGACACAGGGCAGCUAAGCCCAGAGUUACACACACUAUAUCUUGCAGAACACCUCCCCACCUCCUCCCUUGCUUUUCAUGCUGGACUCAUACACAUCUAUCAGCUUUUAUAAAAUAACUUACUCCAGAGCUCCUUGUGAUAAGUAGUACUGUACAUGUAACAGAUUUCCAAGGUGGUGGUACAGUCUAUAACAUGACUGACAGCCAAAAUCUUUUCUGCCCCAGGAGAAAGAUUAAAGAGAUUACACUUUUUUUGUCAGAUGGAUCCCCCCCCCCCUUUCCCCUAGACUUCAGUAAUGGUACAGCACUGAAAAUCAGUGUCUAUAGCUUUGAAACACAAGUCCUCUGUAUUUUCAUGUAAUGAACCAAAACCGUUCAUCAGCAGUUGCUACCAGCAGAUGCUAUUUAAAGCAGAUGUACUGGAAAUCUGUGAAGAAAAAAAAAAAAAGAUAGCAAAAAAAAGAAAGAGGUUACGUUACUUCCAAUUCUCAAAACUGUUAAUAACUGCAAAUAUUCUUCAAAAUGGUGUUGUAGGCUUUCAGCAAAUAGUGCGGAAAAGAUAAUGGGAACUUUGAAGUAAUUCAAAAAAUUUGAGUAUAGAGAUUUUUACUCAGUGGCAGAAAACUGAGAGGCGUAAGAGUGUUAUUGAUAGUUGAAGUGUUGUUGUGUUGCACUUUUUACCCUGGUACUGGAAGGCUGGCAGGGUGAUCAUGUCUAAUGAAUGUAUUAGGAAAGGAAGGAUCAUUUAGAGGGUAGAUUUCAGACGUGCUGAGGGGAGAACACGGGCACGUCUCCACAACACUUUGAAUGUAAGUCAUUUUGACACCUAUGUAUUGUCUUUGAAAAUUUCAGAACGCCUUUUUUUUGCCAGCCUAGAAGGAGUGGUAGAAACUAUAUAACAAAAUCUGCUAUUCACCUUAGUCACUGAUACCAAGAUAUUUUGUCCAUGGUUCAACUUGAACAAUAUAUAUUUCUAUUAGCGUGUGAGAUUAUUAGGUACUGUAAAUCACAAUGAAGACAUGAGAAAAAUCAAAACACUUAGUUUUCCAUCAUGGUCCAGUGUAGUGGUUCCCAACCUUUUUGGCUUGUGACCCCUUACAAUAUAGCAAAGUGUACCUAAAUGUCAGAAAAUAGUGAAAAUGAUCUAAUAAAGUUCCCCACAGUGCAAGGUUACAUCUUCGGAUCAGUCUAGUUUUGUCUAACAGUCCAAAUCCCAAGGAUAUUCAGUUUAUCAUCAUGUUCAACAAAGAAAAGCAAAUAAUCAUCACAUCUGAGAAACUGAAACCAGCUUAUUUUUUUCAUUGUUGCUUAAAAAAUGACUUAAGCAAUUAUUCAACUAUACAAUAGUUGCUGAUUAAUCUUCUGUCAAUCGACUAAUGGAUUGGACUUGCAGCUCUAUAAAGAGGACAUCUUUUUUAUUUGAACAACUUUUAGAGGCUUAAGGAGGUCAAAUGCAGUAAUCCAUAAGUAAUAAAGCAGACUCCUAUCCUGUCCCAUCAUCUCAUGUAGGGGGUCCCGAACCCCAGGUUGGGAACCACUAGUCCGGUGAAUGCAUUUGACCCACCAGAAAGUUAGUCUGUACUGAGGAAAUUGUGUUUGUUAAUGUUGCUGUUGGUGUGCAGUGUAUGUGUCUUGUUAAGUAACAAAUAUGUUGAAGAGAUAGCAGAUCCUUGCCUUGUGUUGCCGUCCACGUCAUGUGAAAAUCACAGCGUGCCUACAUAACUUCUGUCCUCAGUUGAGAUACCAAAGAGAAAAGUCACACAAAAAGAGAGCAGAGCAGUUUAUAUAUAUGUUAAGGUAUCUUUUAUGUAAAGUAUAUCAAUGACUUGUGAAAAAAACAAACAAAAAACAAGCUCUAAUGGGACUCAUUUUGUUUUACUGUACAUAGCAAAGAAGUUCCUAUAGUUUUAAUACUGUGGGGUUUUAGACUCUUUGGUAAUAUAUAUAUUUUUUACAGUGAAUAGGUUUACACCAGUGUGUCGCAAAUGACCAGCACUGACUACCACUGGUUUACAUAAUGACAAUGAUACCGCAUGGAAGGUAUAGUAAGUAAACAAUGAUUGAUAACGCUUUAUUUCAGUGUCUUAUGAAUCCUCUUUUAACAUUAUCAAAUAGCCUGUUAACCGUUCAUUGGAAUUAUUGUACAUGUAUGCCCAUGUUUUUCAUGUUUUGUUUUUUUUAACAUUUAAUACUCUUUAAUAUUUGUUAUAUACAAAUUCAAAGCUUAUAGGUGAAAGAAAAUGUAAGUUAUUUUGUUAUGGUUAACAGAAUAUUUUGAUAGUGUGUUUGUAGUAAUUUGUCUGAGACUUGCAAAUACAGUGUUUGCAAUUUUUGUUUGCAAUUGUACUUCUUGUCCUACAUUUUGUUCUUUCACAUCGCUUUUCUCUCCAAUCACAGUCAAACUUUUUUUUUUCAUUACGGUGAUUAUCUUAAUUAUUUAUCCUGUUCACCCACAGUGCUGUUUACCUUCUACCUUUACACUGUCUAAACAAGAGCAUUUGUAUUGCACCAAAACUUUCAAUAUUUUGUUGUAAUUGCAAGGGAGCUAUUGCUAUUAAGCACUUUUAAAAAAAGGUAUUUUAGUUUUAAUGCGCAACAGGACUCCUUCAAGAAUUUAGUAGCAUUUAACAGCAAAAUUCCAAAAAUAGAAUCUCCAAUGAUUAGGGGCAAAUAACCUCUGAACUUUCAAAUGUUCUUUUAAGCAUAUACAACUGAAACAACUGAUACUUUUGUACAGAGUUUAAAGAUAAGUUUACAUUGAUGCUUUCACAAAGUCAAAUCACCAUCAUCAGUUCUAACCUCCCAGCAAAGAUGUAACAGACAUUAAAAAUAGUUGCUUUCUUUUGUAAUCAGAAGAUGUCAGAGGACAUUGUAGUUGAAUGGGAUGUCUGGUCUUGCCAUGACCAUGUAGUAUGCAGUACAAAGUCAGAUUUCAUUUCCUGAAUAUAGAUUUGUACGCUGAGCUUUGCAAUUUUCUGUUUAUGUACAGAAAAGGUGAUCCAGGUCUUUCUUUAAUUCCUCACCAGGGGGUUGUUUAUCAUAAAGACUGCUAAGAAACACAGUAUGGCUAUUCCUUUAUUGGGAUUUUUCUUUGUCCUCAUGCAACACAACACAGAGCUCUACAGCAGUGGUUCUCAAACUUUUUCACACCCUGGACCUCUAAACUGACACAAAUUAGACCACGGACCUCCAUUUGGUGAGACUUUGUCCCAGGAUCCCCCGUCUGAGAAGUAUUUUCUUUUAGAUACUUUAUUACAGAAAGUGUAUGAAACCGAUGACCAUAAUAGUCAUACGCUCUGUCUUUGUGUUAUUAUGGAUUGAAUUAUAGUGAAAUAAAUGAUUCCCCUUGUUGCUGGGGACCCCCUGAAAAUCCCUCAAACAUCCCUGUGGGUCUCCAGAACCCACUCUGAGAACCACUGCUGUAAUGUGUCUAAUUAUUUUAUCUCAUUCAGUUUACUUUUCCAAAGGCUCUCUGAAGUUGUUAUUGAAGAGUCCAGGGGGUUUUCCUAAAAAUGAAAUUAGUAGGCACUAUAGGCAAUUGGUAUUUAUUGUAUCUGUAGUUUGGUUGUUCUGAACAUUUCAUGUAAAAUCACCAAUGCCUUGUAUGCUAACUAAAUGCAAUAAAGCUUUCAAAUUUCUUUUUGACAUGUGCUUGGAGCUCUUACCUGGUUUUAAUGGGUAUUUUGCAUAUCCCGCCCAAAUAUUAAAC